AUGUUCAGCAAGCGUUCGCUCAGGUCCCGCGACGGAAACAGCUCCCAGCGGGAGGCUGUCUCGACAGCGAUAGAUUCACAGCACCGAGUCGACAAGUCUACAAGGCUGAUGAGGAAAGAGCGCGCACGGGAUCAGCAGAAAGUGUCGAAACUGCAGCGGUCGCUAACUGGCGAGGACACUUCUCGUCCAUCGUCGUCCCAGGCGAAGAUCAGCGAGAAGGACCUUGCCCCCUCUCCCAUCAUCACCAUGGUGGUGGGCCCCGAGGCACGGCUGUUUGCGGCGCAUCAGAAUGUGCUGUGCCAGGCUCCUUUCUUCGACAGGAUCCUGCGCGGGCCCAUUGCGGAUGCGCAGAACCGGAGGAUCGCGCUCCCCGAUGAGGAGCCGGAGGUCUUCAGCGCCAUCCUCGAGUACCUCUACAAGGGCGACUACUACCCCCGCUUGGUGCACAACAAGCACCGCAACUCUUGGGAGCUCGAGGAUUCGCUCUCGCGUCGGGCCGCCGUCCAAGAUUCCCCGACGCUUCCCGAUACACUUAAAUUCGGAGGUGGCCGCGCAGGCCAAUCCCCCAAGAUCCCUCCCGCUGUCCAGUCGACCAUCUAUGUAACGAGCGUCGGCCAGCACAUCCUCCGCGACACCGUCAUCUACUGUGCCGCGGGGCGUUAUGGGCUGGAGGAGCUCCAGAAGCUGGCGCUGCGCAAACAAGGGCUGCACACGGGCAUCGACGUAGGCACCGUGCUGCGCAGCGCCCAGUACUGCUACGCCAACACCCCCGACUCGGACAGCUGCCUGCGCGCCCAUUACCUGGCGCUCAUCAUCCGGUGCCGCAAGACCUUCAAGCGCAGCGGCACCAUGCAGGCCGAGAUGGAAAAGUGCGGUAGCGACGUGUAUGGACCGGGAAGCGGCAAGCUCUUCUUCGACCUGUUUGUUGCCAUGUGCAACCACCUGGAUGACGUCAUCGAGGCGAGCAAUAUUCGCACUCCGAAGACAGUCUGA